AUGUCAGAUAGUACUGUUAUUUCUGCAGCACUUCCUACUCAAAAGGAUUUGACUAACUCUGAAGCCAUCAUGGAAAUUUUAAAGAAGGAAAAUAGAUUCCCAUCAGAUGAAGAAAAUAAGAAAAGAGAAGAAGUUCUUGCAAAAUUGGAUGGCAUUAUUAAAGGAUGGGUUAAACAAGUGUGCCUGAAACAGGGUUUGUCUGAGGAAUUUGUAUCAUCAGCUGGAUCCAAGUUGGUAACUUUUGGUUCCUUCCGUUUGGGAGUACAUGGUCCUGGUGCGGAUAUUGAUACAUUGUGCAUUGUUCCUAACAUGGUUGAAAAACACCACUGUUUUACAGAUUUGCAUGAUAUUUUAAAACUAAGACCUGAAAUUGCAGAACUUAAACCAGUUCCAGAUGCAUAUGUACCUUUGAUUACCAUGGUUUUUGAUGGUGUAGAAAUUGACUUGUUGUUUGCUAGAUUAUCUAGAACUGUUAUUCCUGCUGAUUUGGAUAUUUUGGAUGAAUCAAAUUUGAAAGAUGCAGAUGAUGAAACUCAACGUAGUUUGAACGGUCCUCGUGUUGCUGAUCAAAUUUUGAAACUAGUUCCAAAUCAAGAAAAUUUCAGAACUACCUUGAGAUGUAUUAAAUUGUGGGCAACCAGAAGAGCAAUUUAUGGUAACAUUGUAGGAUAUUUGGGAGGUGUUGCUUAUGCCAUUUUAACAGCAAAGAUUUGUCAAAUGUAUCCAAAUGCUGCCCCUUCAACACUGUUAACAAAAUUCUUUACCGUCUACCAACAAUGGAACUGGGGAAAGGUACCUGUAUUAUUAAGACCAAUCGAGGAAGGAACUCUUAAUUUUAAAGUUUGGAAUCCAAAGCUUAAUCCAAGAGAUAAACAACACUUAAUGCCAAUCAUUACACCAUCAUAUCCAUGUAUGAAUUCCACAUUUAACGUUUCAAAAACAACUUUAAAGGAUAUGAAGAAUGAAUUUGAAAGAGGAGCAUCUAUUACACAAAAGGCAGAGAAUGGACUUGAAAAUUGGGAAACUUUAUUUGAAGCAACAGACUUCUUUGUAAGAUAUAGUAAUUACUUACAAGUUGAAAUUAAUACAUCAAACGAGGUUGACCACCUUAAAUGGAUUGGUUUCAUUCAAUCUAAAGUAAGAUUUCUUAUUCCAAAGUUAGAAGCAGUUCCUGGAUUAACGAUCCAUAUUUAUCCAGACUAUUUCCACAAUAACCAAGGAGGAGCUUUUUCUUCAUAUUUUUAUAUAGGAUUAGAAUAUAAACAAACCAAACCAGGAGAAGGAUCAGUAGUAAAUCUUGCAUCUUGUAUCGCUGAAUUUGAGGAAUUACUUACUUGGCCAGAUAAGAAUGAAAAUAUGGAAAAACCAAAGAUUCAACCAAUCAAGAGAAAUGCAAUUCCAGAAUUUGUUAUUUCAAAGAAGAAAAAGAAGGAACUCAUGAAAAAGAAUAAGGCACAAAAGAGAAAGGCAGAACAAGACGACGAAAAGAACAAACCAAGUGAAGAAACGGAAGCUACUGCAACAGCCACAACUUCGACAGAUGGAACUACAGAGAAUGGUGAGUCCGCAGCAAAGAAGGCAAAGGUAGACGAAACUCCAGCAGUAAAGAGAGAACAUAAGGUUGAACUUUUAUUGGGUGAUGACGAUGACGAUUUACUUGCUUUGUACUCAAAAAAAUAA